AUGCAUAUAAGGCCAGUCAAUACGGUAAAAAGGAGACAUCACUCCACGGAUCACCUACCGCCGUCUCUGCCUCGCAAUCCACCAACUCAACGACAAUGUACAAAUCAGUUCUCGCUGUUCUUCUCUUGGUCGCCAUGGCUAGCGCUACUGGAUACGGAGGCUGGGGAGGUCUUGGAGGCUGGGGAGGCUUUGGAGGACUCGGAGGCUGGGGAGGUCUCGGAGGCGGCUGGGGAGGACUCGGUGGAUGGGGACGUGGAGGUGGAUACGGCUACGGUGGAGGAUACGGAGGUGGAUACGGAGGAGGUUAUGGUGGAUACGGCAAAGGAUUUGUCAGUGUCAUUCCUGUCGCUGUUGGUGUUGGUGGAUACGGAUAAGGUGGAUAUGGUGGAUAUGGAUAUGGUGGAUAUGGAUACGGCAAAGGCUAUUAUUAGAUCUAGAUAAAUCCAAAACUUGAUUGUGUGUUGGUGCUUGUAUUGAACAUAAACGAUUCAAGUUGCCAUGGAGAUUCACUUUUGUUAUUGAAUUAAAUGAAAUUUAAAAACAAA